CGGCUGGGCAGACUCCCUGCUCCUGAUGCCAGCCAGCCUCCCUGAGAACUAACCACAGUGAUUAGCCCAGAGGAGUUGAGGUUUGCAGCCUGCUAUGGAGCUCUCCUGCUUCAGCAGCCACCUGGGCUGGGCUGCGUGUGUGCUGGCACUGGCCCUGCUCCUCCGAGCCAGGAGAAAAGGGUCCUGGCACCCAGGCAUGUCUCCCACUGACCUGACGGGCAAGACAGCCAUUGUCACUGGAGCCAACUGCGGGAUCGGGAAAUACGUGGCCUUGGACCUGGCCCGCAGGAAUGCCCGCACCAUUCUCGCCUGCCGCAGCAGAGAGCGGGGGCAGGCGGCGGUGGAGGAAAUCCAGAGGGCCACCGGGAACCCAAACGUGCUUCUGAGGAUCGUGGACAUCAGCAACAUGGCCUCCAUCCGGCACUUCGCCAAGCAGAUCCGGCAGGAGGAGAAGCGGCUGGACAUCCUGGUCAAUAACGCUGGAGUCGCAGGUUUGCCGUUCGCCAUCACCGCCGAGGGGCUGGAGCAGAUGUUCGCCACCAACUACCUGGGCCCUUUUCUUCUGACCAAUUUGCUUCUGGACACCAUGAAGGGCUCCGCUCCCGCCCGCAUCGUGACCGUCUCGUCCUUCAGACACGUCCAGGGCAUGGCCAACGUGAAGCACCUGACCGGGGAGGAGCGGCCCAAGAGCUUCGACCACUCGUACAGGAACACCAAGCUCAUGAACAUCCUGUUCACCAACGAGCUGGCCAGGAGGCUGCAGGGCACGGGGGUGACGGCCAAUUCCCUCAACCCCGGCAUUGUGAACACAGAAAUCAUGCGCCACUUCAACUGGCUGAUUCGCCUGCUUUUCAGCAUCGUCAGCAUCUUCAUAAUGUCCGCCGAGGAGGGAGCAGCCAGCACCAUUUACUGCGCCGUCUCGGAGGAGGUCGCAGGCAUCACGGGGAAGUACUUCGACAGCGACUGCAGGCUGGUGCUGCCCUCUGCGGCUGCCCGCGACCUGGGCCUGGCCCGCAAGCUGUGGGAGGAGUCGGAGCGACUGACGGGCCUCGCGGAGAGCGGGUCCAUGUGAACAAUGGAGCCUGUCGCCCCUGCCCUGCAGCACCCGCUGUGACGUCAUUGAUAUAAACUGGGACCAUAUAGAACAUGGGUUGCAACCAAGGUCCUGUAGUGGCACCAAAUCUUAGGUAAAGG